AUGAAGGGCUUCGGCAUCAUCAUUACCGUCCUCUCGCUCAUGGCCGCCCAGACUCUGGCCCGCGACUGCCCCCUCGAGUCUGACUGCUUCCAGAGGUCGUGCAAGAACAUACAACUGCUCAAGGAACCGUUUUCAGUCAUCGACAAAAAGUACUAUUUCGGCCAUUGGCAUCUUCUUGCAGAGUGCAAGGACAAUGCUGGCAUCAAGACCGUCACCCGAAUAAACCUCGCCGAAUGCAUUGGCAACUACGACGGCAACCUAUUGUGGUCCAAACUCGGCGGCUUGAAAUGCAGGGAAUGCAACCUUACGAAGACCGACCCUGUCAUCAUGCAAUGCGGGUGCGAGACCAAGAAACAGAAGCUUGUCGUCAAGGAGAUCAACCUCUCCGAGGGCAUCUGGGUUUAUGAUGGCGCCAUCGGCUGCUACGACAGGGAGUGGAAGAAGCUUCCUGGCAUCGGCAAGUAUUGA